AGCAAGUCAACAAUCCAGCUUCUAACAAGCUUAGCUCUCCAUCCUCAUCAUCCACCGAUCGGCGUCGACGACGUCAGCCAUGCAUGACGAGGAGAAGAAGGAACCCAAGUGGGUGACGGCGGUGAGCAUCGCCGGCCGCAUCGCGGGCAUGGGCCUAGCGGUGGCGGCGGCGGUGCUGAUGUCCACGGCGAGCCAGUGCACCGUGUACUACGCGGCGCCGGCGGCGUCGGCGUACGGCGGCGCCGCGCGCGCGCGCACGGUCACGUACAGCGACUUCCCGCCCUUCGUCUUCCUCGUGGGCGCCGCCUCCAUCGCGGCGUUCCUGGAGGCCAUCGCCAUCUUCCUCGUCGUGUGGAAGAAGGGCAAGGACAAGACGACCAAGGUGCUCAUGCCGCUGCUGGGCGUCGCCGUGCCGGCGCUGCUCUACUCGGCGACCGGCGCGGCUUUCGCGGCCGUGUCCGACAUGUCCUACUGCUCCGCCAACGGCAAGCGCGUCAGCAUCUGUGCCGGUAGCGCCGCCGCCGGCGGCGGUGUCAGCGGUGGCACCAACUUCUGCAGCCAGGUGCAUAUCGCCGUCUACCUCUCUCUCGCCGCGGCCGUCGCCGUGUCCGUCGCCGAGGUGGUCAGAGGCUUGGGAGGCUCGGCGUCCGGUGGAGGGUCGGACUCGGACUCCAGCUCCAGCUCCGAGUCCGGCGGUUGUGACCAUGGCUGCCAUCACAAGCAUUAGGUUUUCCGUGUUGGACUAUUUUCUUUUUAUUAAUAAAACAUAUUGCAAGCAAAUAUCAAGAAGAGAAUAAUAUCCGUAUUAUUAGUGGAUAUGUGUGGUUUAGUUUCAUCUUCUGAAUUCAUUUGCAUUGGUUGCCCUUCUGUAUUGUAUAUGUAGUAAUUGUACCAGCAGUAUCUUGAAAUCUUUAUAUUGGAAAUAUAUAAUAUUAUGAUAGACGUCAUCUUGGACUCC